GCAGUUUGCCCUAUGCUUAAUCAAUUUAAUAUUACUUGCUCAGAGUGUUUGAUUUGGAGUGAUAAUUUAAUGCCAAUAGCUUCUAGCUUCUUUAUUAGUUGUUACCUUAUUCAAUAUUGUUUUCCAGUUAGUCUGUCAUAAAUGGAAAAUAUAUUCUUUGCUGGAGAUCUUACGCAACUUUAUUCGCAAAUAAAGGUAACAGGAAAUAACCUAAGUGGUGUAUGCAAAUUGAUUUUUAAGGUGGCUAAAAUUGACAAAAAUGAUUAUUUGUUCUUCCAGAAAAAUCUAUUAGAAUUGUUUCUUGACGCUCUUGGAAGAUCAAGUCCUUUGGAUGAUGCGGAAGCAUGCGUUUAUGGGUAUGGAGCUGUUAAAUUUUUGACAAUGAACCAAAAACUGUUGGAAAAGAUUUUGAACUUAGGUAUUUUACAGUUAAUGGUAUUACAUAUGAAAAUUAUCAAUGUGGCGAAAACAGAAAAAAGUAUCAUGCCGGACCAAACGAAUCAUGCACUAUAUCAGCUAACCGGAGCGUUAAGAAACUUAGUGUCAGAGGAAAACAUAUACGAAUCUUUCGUGGAAUGUGGAACAAUACCCCAACUUUGCCAGACGCUAGAAAUAUUCUCUUCGGACUUAGAUAUAGUAGCCAACAUAUCAAGGACUUUAAGUAUAAUAUCCACGAACGAAUGUUGCUGUGAUGCUAUAAUCGAAUAUAAAAAUAUAUACAAACUCUUAAUAAAUCUCUUCGAAAAAUACCCCGGAAACGAAGAGAUCAUAGUACGUCUGACUUAUACACUGGGAAACAUUGUUUCUAAAAUCGAUAAUACUCGAGUGCAGUAUUUCUACGAAGAAAAUUCUAUAGAAAGCUUGAUCACUUUGUGGAAAAUUUAUUUGGAACGUACACUGAAAAAUUGUUCCCUGAAACUAGAGGCUAGUGAUGGACUAAGCAGUAACAGCGAAGAUGUUAUGAUAAAGAUUAUUAGAGUAGUGGCUAAUAUGGUGAUCAAUCCAGAAAUUGGCAAGCGCCUUAACGAGAAAUAUGGAAAUACGUUAAUCGAAGAAAUACUUAAAGUUCUUAUCAGCAAUCCCUUUAAGAAGAACGAAGAACUUGUGCUGUCAAUAUUAAGUACUCUCAAUAAUCUUUCUUAUUAUUACACUAGCGAUGUGGAAGUUGAUAUUUUUCAUGUCAAACAAGUUGAUAUAGUUGAAGGUAUAACGGAGUACGCAAAAUCGGAAAAUAAAGAAUGUGUUAUAGAAACAAUGAGAAUUUUAGGAAAUUUAUCCCGAUCAAAAGUAACCCGAAACUACAUAUGUGAAACCGAUGUUUUUGAGAUUCUCAUAGAUUUAUUAGAGACCGUUGACCAUUCACAGCUUAAAACAACGGUAGGAGUUUUUGUGAAUCUUAUGUCGGACAACCGUUCCAGAAUUCUCUUUAAGAACAAUGGAGGCGUCUCAAAAAUAAUCAAAAUAUUGACAACGGAGUGUGAUCACGACUGGUCUUUAGGAAAUCUUGUUUGCCAAGUCCUUUGGAAUUAUUGCAUCGAUACGAUUGACCUACACGAACUAUUUUCAGAGUCAGAAAUACACAAAUUACUUGUUUUGUUGGCAGAUUAUUUAGACGAGGAAAAAAUAUUCGGCAUCGAAGAGCACAUGGAGGACAUGGACGUUUAUGUUACACAAGAAUAUCUCAUUUGGGAGGAAUUUGCUAAUGUGGCUACAAAUUUGUUGGAAAAGAUUGAAUAUUUCUUGGAUACAUUCGACCAAAUCACAAUUGAUGACAAAUCAACUGAGAAUAAUCUAAAAACUAAGGAUUCCAGCACCAAUAUUAGUUUAUCGGCUUGGUAAAAAAUUGUACCUGAAUGAAAGUCUUUUAAGGCAUUAAAUUUGGCAAAUAUAUAGAUACAUAUAAAAAAAUGUUGCUAUAAAUUGUUACAAUUAAAUUAGACUUUACGUAACUGAUAUUUUUUAUAAUUUUUAUAAUAAGUACAAUUUGCAAAGAAUCAGUAGGUAUAUGUCUACAAGUGGGUUUGGGAUCACAAGAAGAAGGAACUACAGUACAAUUGUAAAAUCAUCACUCGUUUACAUGAAUGUAAUGAUAAGGAUAGUAAAUAUUGAUAAAUUUCGUGUAAAUGUAAUAAAAUUUCCCCAAUAGUACCAACGAGUAUAGACAUUCAUAAAUAUAUUCGUUGAUAGUACUGGAUCAAAUAACUGUGCUUCAAUAUCUUCAAUGAUAUAUUUGGUGUCCAAUCCCAUCUAUAUUCAAGCCUGGAUAAUCAUAGAAAGAUUGAUCGUUUUUUAUGUAACAGAAUAUUAAAUGGUUUCAAGAUAUAUUAUUAUAAAUAAUGUAAUAACAAAAGAAAUCUUACGAUUUCCUACCUGGCGAAACUGAAUUCAAAUUUUUACCACUGUGCCUUCUACAACUUGCAAAGCAAACAGAUUGAUGAAUUACUCAGCAAGGGAAUCUAAAAUAUGCAUUCCACCUGCCGUUCAUAAUUGUCAAAAUUCGUAGUGAAUUCAGUUUCUGGUACUCCAAACGGAGUAAAGAAAUAAAACAUAAUGACGUUCGAAAUACUUAUAAGCGGUUUGCUGCUGCCCUACAUCGAAACAAAAAUCCAACACCGUCAUUAUGUUAAAUAAUUUAAUGUUUUUAAUAUAUUAACUUCUUCUAACUCCUUUUACCCCCUAGAUUGUCAGAUUUUUUAUUGUCUUUGUAUUUAUUAUUUCUUUUCAUUAUUUUUAUUUUUCGAUAUAAUUUUCAUUUCUGUGUAGUUUAUCCCUCUGGCUUCACCUGCUUUCGUAAUUUCAUUUAUUCGACUUUUGCUUAGCCGUCCUCUUUUUCGUUUCUUUGCUCUUUUAAUUUCUAAUAUUCUCUUUGGCCAUCUUUCGUCUCCCAUCCUCUGUAGGUAUCCAAGUCAUUUCGUUUUCUGGUUAUUUUACUUAUAUAGAUUCUUGGUCUAGUUGGUUUCUUGUUUGAUCAUUUCUGAUUCAGUCUUUCCUUGUGUUGUGAAUUAUUUUUCUUUCAUCUCAAUAGCAUUUAUUUCACUAUUAUGUUUUUUUUUGUAAUACCCAGUUAUAUUCACUAUUGGUAUGUUAAUUGUAUUAUACACUAAUACAUUUGAAAAUAUAGCGUAAAAUGGGGAAAUGAAGGCCGCUUAAGGUCUAUCAGUAAUAACAUGAAACCAAAAUUAUUUUUAGAAAUGGAAAGGGGGUAUAUUGAAAAAAUACAAUGUGGUCUUUAAAACCUAGUUAUUAUAUAAGUUACAAAAAUGUUAUUUUUCAAAAUACAAACAAAUGAAAAAACCAUGUCUUGGUCGGUAUUGCCCGCAUCAGUGGGGUAAUGGUGGCCACCAUUAUAAACAGAAGUCACAAAUGUAUUUUUUUUCUUUGGCCGCAUUUGCACAUUCUUUAUGUGACCGUUGACCACAUAUGACACAUCUUAACCAUACUUCACCAUUUAUACCGAAUUCCCCACAUAUAAUGCAAAUGUCUUCAUUAAAAUCUUUGUCUUGAUCGUCAUCGCUUUCAUUUACUGCCUGGUCAAUAGAUGGUUUUGAGCAUUUGAUUGUAUGUUUAUGCUUUUUCUCUUCUUUUAUUUUUAUUUUCGUUUUUUUUAGUUACCCCUUCAAUGGUGUGAAAAUUAUGGAAUGCUUUUUGGUUGACUUUCUUUGAGACUUCAGCUUAUUGGCAUUAGAGCAGGAGGGAAUGGGAAUAAAUAAUUUCUGUGAAAGGUAUACCUUUUUCCCCUCCUGUGCUAUGAAGUUAAGUCGUUAUUUAUAUUAGUUGUAGUCAUUUCAUUUGUCGAAUGGAUUUUAUUUUGUAAGAUUUCUGACAAAAAUGGGUAAAAGAUGUUUCUAUAGAAAGAGAUAAUACAUCACAUUGCAAAUAUGUAUAUUUAGAAUUAACUAUAUCUCUCUUCAUAAUAGCGAAUUAUCCGAAUUUUAGUUCAAAUGUCUGAACAGCCUUCAGAAAUUUACUUCUUUUGAAAUUAUUCUAACUGCCACGAUGUUUCCCUUGAUUACUUAAAACUGAAUCUUAAAACAAUCACUCCUUUAUCAGAUUUCAAAUAAAAAAUUUUGAUUAUUUAUGGGCAUAGCACAUGAUAUCUAGUGCACAAAAUAAAUUAAAAGAUAUUAGAAGUAAUUUGCCAAAAGUGGUGGUUGCUGCACAAAGCUUUCUUGAAGCAAUGACAGAAAUUCUUUGACAAAAAAAUAAUUAAGAAACCAUCUUUAGAAUUACAUAACAUUUUCAUCGAAAACAAACUACCAUGCAGUGGACGAACAAUUAUUCAUAAAAAAAUGGCAGGUGAAAAUGCUAACAAUGAUACCGAAUUCAAUGCUACUAAAGAUUCUUUCAGAAUCAAAACUUUUAAUGUCAUCAUUGAUCAGAUAAAUAAUAGUAAGAUAAGGUUUUCUGACCAAAAGUGACUCUAUCAAGAUCUGUACACUUUUUUCUCUCUUUGGGGUGGUAUUUACUUCUAAAUGUUUGAAUUGUGGUAUGUCCAAUGUGUAAAUUAAAGUACUAUCUCAAAACAAUAGAAUUACAAUGGCAAAAAUAUUUUCAGAUAAUUUAUAAUCCUUACUAAAUACUCCCAUUUUUGAAAGUAUUUUAUAUAGAGUUUUAGAAUGCAUUAAAAAUUGUAAACAUUAAGAAAGUGACUUCUAUUUACCACCAAUCAAUAUGACUUUUGUUAAAAUUUUUGGACUCAUAGAUUUUUGCGGUUAUAAGCAGUUAAAAAAUUACUUGCACUUUUUAAAAAUUUAUUGGAGUAUCUAGGGUGUACAAAAGUAUAUAAUUGAGUAAAAGGCAUAAUGAGAAGCUAUUUAAAAAAAAAACUAAUAAUGUUGAUUUACUUAGAUGCAUUGUGAUUUCAAAAAAGUUUGAUGUAAAAAACUUAGGAGGGGGGUUUGCGCUUUUGUUUAGAGUUUAGAUUGGCACCUUUUUUAAAGUUUGCGUUGGUGCCUUUUUAAUGAGCCAGUCCAGGUCUGAGGACAUCCAAUUAUAAAAAUUUAAGAUGACUUACAGAUUAAUAAAGUCCACAAUUUCUCUGUUCCACUGUCAUGUAAAGUUCAAUUAAAUAUUAUUUUGAGAUAAAUAAAAAUGUGUUUUGCCAGUAAAUAUCAACUAUCGAGCCCCCAAUAUUCAACAUAUGAAAGCAAUAUAAGUAUCUAAAAUAAUUGAAAAAAAGCCUUUUAAGAUCUUCACUCUAAAAAAAUUAUUUUAAAAAGUUUGGGACUAAAAUUCAUCAGAAUUAUUAAUACUUUUAAGUAUUGUAUAAGGUAAACAAUUUAAUGAGUUAUAAUUUGUCUAGUUUAUCAGAUAAUAAUGGAUGUUUUUAGAUAAUAAAAACUGACUCUUUUUCAUGUAUUUUUUAAAUUAAAAAAAUAUAUAUUUGUUGUGUAUUAUAUAUUUAUUAGGUAUGCAAUAAUAAAUACUUAUAUGUAAAUAUUUGGAUCUGAAGGUUUUUAUGUCCCAACUUUUACACUUAUUAGCAAAAAUGAUAUUACAUUUUCGUUAUGUUUCUUUAUAUUUUAUUAGAAGUUCUAUUUAUAUAAAGAUAUUUAUAUUCUACUAUUCAAAUAAAAUUUCAAUUGU